CCGCCAUGUUAAUCCGAUCCGCCAUAUUUUUUGAAGAGUCGCCCAUGUCUCGGGGGUAGUGUGAAUAUUUUAGUGUAAUUAAUUAGAUAAUGAUUUUUAUGAGUUAACUAUUACAAUUUUAGUGUCAGUGCUUAGUGUUAAUCUUGUAGAACAAUACAUUUUAGCUCUCACAACUACUCAUGUGGUGUAAUAUUGGUUUUCCCGUGCCGUUUCCCAAUCUAAUCUAAACAGAAAAUGGCCGUCGGUUUUAGUGCGGGUGUCUCCUUUGUUUAGGGCUGGAUUCUAGUGAAAAUAAGUGUCUAAAGAAAUAAUGCCUAGUGCCUCGUUUUCCUCUUCGCGUUCUUACGUCCGUAGAUCGCGAAGAAAAGGCGGACAUCGGAUACCUCUACCUUCUAGGACACAAUCAAGCGAGCCAUGUGAAUCAGUCCCCUGCCCGAACAACGUAACCGGCAGUGCCAUGGCGGCCACAGCGGCGUGUGCCGGGCCGAGUGGCAGCGGCGGCGGCGGCGGCUCCCCGCCGGUGCCCGCCGCCGCGCCCGCCACCACGGCCGGCCACCACAGCCCCUACGACCUGCGCCGCAAGUCGCCGCCCGCGUACCACGAGCCCGGGCCCUCGGGCGCUUGCUCUCUACCGGCCCGGAAGAGGCCUAGGACGUCGCUGUCUCAGGGCGUCGACGUGUGCAAUGUAUCUCAGUAUUUGCAAUAUGAGUUGCCCGAUGAGGUGCUCCUGUGCAUUCUCUCGCACCUCACCGAGCGGGACCUGUGUCGCGUCGCGCAGGUCUGCAAGAGGUUCAACACCAUCGCCAACGACACUGAGCUAUGGAAAAGCCUCUACCAAUCGGUGUUUGAAUACGACACACCGCUCAUGCACCCGGCGCCUUGCCAGUUCGAGUUCGUCCCUGCAGACGAGUGCGAUGCAGAGAACCCGUGGAAGGAGAGUUUCAGGCAGUUGUACUACGGCAUACACGUGCGCCCCAACUACCGUCCGAAAAAGGACUCGAGGAUCAAACACUUUAACACAAUUAGGGCGGCUCUGGAAUACGUUGAGGAGCGCGGCGGCGGUUCAUCGGCGUCCGGCGGAACGGCGGCGACCGGCGCGGCGUGCGCGUGCGGCGCGGGCGCGUGCUCGUGCCGCCGCACGCCGGCCCACCAGCCCGCUUUGGUGUUCGUGCACGCUGGCCUGUACCAGGAGGAGUGCCUGGCCAUUGAUACGGACGUGCAGCUUAUAGGUUGCGCCGCCGGCAACGUGGCGGAAUCGGUGGUUCUGGAGCGCGAGGCGGAGUCUACAUUGACCUUCGCUGAAGGCGCGGCGCGCGCGUACGCCGGUCACGUGACGCUGAAGUUCUCGCCUGAUGCAACCAGCACCAUGCAGCACCACAAGCACUACUGCCUCGAGGUGUCCGACAACUGCUCGCCCACCAUCGACCACUGCAUCAUACGCAGCGCCAGUGUCGUUGGUGCAGCGGUGUGCGUCAGUGGCGCGGGCGCUAACCCCGUGAUCAAACACUGCGACAUCAGCGACUGUGAGAACGUGGGGCUCUACAUCACGGACUACGCGCAGGGAGCUUACCAGGAUAAUGAGAUUUCCCGCAACGCGCUGGCCGGGAUAUGGGUCAAGAACUUCGCCAACCCCAUCAUGCGCCGCAAUCACAUACAUCACGGUCGUGACGUCGGAAUAUUCACCUUCGAGAAUGGACUGGGCUACUUCGAAGCGAACGACAUCCACAACAACAGAAUCGCCGGGUUCGAAGUGAAGGCCGGCGCGAACCCCACCGUCGUGCAUUGCGAGAUCCACCACGGGCAGACGGGCGGCAUCUACGUGCACGAGUCCGGCCUCGGGCAGUUCAUAGACAACAAGAUCCACUCGAACAACUUCGCGGGCGUCUGGAUCACGUCCAAUAGCAAUCCCACCAUUCGUCGCAAUGAGAUUUACAACGGCCAUCAGGGCGGCGUGUACAUAUUUGGAGAGGGCCGCGGUCUCAUUGAGCACAAUAAUAUUUAUGGAAACGCAUUAGCUGGUAUACAGAUUCGCACGAACAGCGACCCAAUAGUGAGGCACAACAAGAUCCACCACGGGCAGCAUGGAGGUAUCUAUGUGCACGAGAAAGGGCAGGGACUCAUCGAGGAGAACGAGGUGUAUGCCAACACGCUCGCCGGCGUGUGGAUCACAACCGGCUCCACGCCCGUGCUGCGCCGCAACCGUAUCCACUCCGGGAAACAGGUCGGCGUAUACUUCUACGACAACGGGCACGGAAAACUAGAAGACAACGACAUAUUCAACCACCUAUACUCGGGCGUGCAAAUCCGGACCGGGAGCAACCCGGUGAUCCGGGGCAACAAGAUCUGGGGCGGACAAAAUGGCGGCGUGCUGGUCUACAAUGGCGGUCUGGGCCUGCUCGAGCAGAACGAGAUAUUUGACAACGCCAUGGCCGGUGUAUGGAUAAAGACUGAUUCCAAUCCCACUUUAAAGAGAAAUAAGAUUUUUGAUGGCCGAGAUGGGGGCAUCUGUAUUUUUAAUGGAGGAAAGGGCGUACUAGAGGAGAACGACAUAUUCCGCAACGCGCAGGCGGGCGUGCUGAUCUCCACGCAGAGCCACCCCGUGCUGCGGCGCAACCGCAUCUUCGACGGGCUCGCGGCCGGCGUCGAGAUCACCAACAACGCCACCGCCACGCUCGAGCACAACCAGAUCUUCAACAACCGCUUCGGCGGGCUGUGCCUGGCGUCGGGCGUGUCGCCGCUGGUGCGCGGCAACAAGAUCUUCAGCAACCAGGACGCCGUGGAGAAGGCGGUCGGCGGCGGGCAGUGCCUCUACAAGAUCUCGUCUUAUACGUCCUUCCCGAUGCACGACUUCUACAGGUGCCAGACUUGCAAUACGACAGACCGUAAUGCCAUUUGCGUGAAUUGUAUCAAAACAUGCCAUUCUGGUCACGAUGUCGAGUUCAUCCGUCAUGACAGAUUCUUCUGCGACUGCGGCGCGGGGACGCUGUCGAACCAGUGCCAGCUGCAGGGCGAGCCGACGCAGGACACCGACACCCUGUACGACUCGGCCGCGCCCAUGGAGUCUCACACGCUGAUGGUGAACUGAGUGUCUCCGCGCCACGCCGCCCCCGCCCGCUGUUGUUGUUCCAGGCCCUGCCCCCCGCCCUUGAUCCCUCCCUGUCCCCGCUGACACAACUCUAAACUCUACUCUGUCCGUGGUUUCGGCUCGGUAUAG